AUGGUGAACCCAGGAACAAGACUUCGAAUCAAUCAGGGAGAGUACCAGCACCAAGUCGCUGUCUUCUGCAGGCCUUGCCCGACCAGCCCCUUUGUGUACUGCUAUGUCGAACUGACGGAUUCCAGCCAAGUUCGUGUCCCUUAUCAGCACUUCGAUUUUUUGGAAGCUGAUGGCUCUUUGCACCAAGGACGCCAGCUUGGAGCGAGGCUCAUUGACUAUGAAGGUUUGCACAUGGAUGAGAUUGCGAGGAUGGGUGCAUGGACGCACCGAUCAUAUCACCAGGAUAGGAUCAUUGAGGGUUACCGGUCACAUGAACGCAAGAUGAUGGUGAAGACCAUCAAAAACCUCAAUCGAGAGUUGAAACAGGAACGGAGCGAUCACGAAACCUUGAAAAAGCAAUGCCGCGAACUCUACAAGACGAUGGUAGAAGAGGACCAAGAGGGCAAGGAGGAAUAG